AUGGGUACCGGCGGUGGCGAACGGAUGCACUCGACGGUGCGACUGAACGAGUUCACGCUGCAGUUUGAGGACCCGGCUCUGGAGAAGGUCUACCAGGCGGGGCUGCAUCCGCGCAAGAAGGCGCUGUGGCUGCGCUCGUUGCUGCCAGCCGCAGCGUCUCAAAUCUUAUUCGCGCUUGCUGAUGGCCUCGAUUAUCCGGUAGAAAACCUGCUGGUUACCGUCCCGACGCGAGUGUUGAUAGCGAUGCUUCAAGUUGCCAUGUGGCUGCUGGUGCGAUGGGAUCUUGUACGGGCAAAGGAGCAGACGAUGCUCUUGGUGUCAGUUAUCAGCGGCAUCCCUACACUUUUACUAUACGCGCUACAGCGGUCAAGUCUUUGCCAAUGGGACGCCAUGUUCGUGACUUUUGGGCUGUCCUUCUACACGAUCCCCAAGGUUACACCGCUGGGUUACGUAUCAUCGUUCUACGGUAGCUGGGCCACAGCUGCGGUGCAUGCAGUGCUGACGUUUGUGGUUCGACCGCCACCCAGAAGAGCUGAGGGGGUCCUGGGGAUCUUCUUUUUAGUGCCAAUGGUGUGGGUCUUCAACACCAUUGCGUACUAUUCCGAGUACAAUUCCCGCGAACGAUUUGCCCUGCGACGUCGCCUUCGACGGGAGAGUAUCACGCUGGCAGUGGCGUGCACCUCUGCGGGAGGUGACGCUCUGUUGCAAGGAGGAGAGGAAGACGGCUGGCUGUUACUGCAGACACUGUCACUACGAGGACUCAUGGCUGCGAAUAGUAAUAGUACAGCGUCAUUCGUUGUCGCAGUGAUACUGUGGGGGGCGUUCACGCUGGGUGGCUGGACCUCGCUCCCAGAGGCUUUAAAGUUUGUUGAUGAGGCCACUGGAUGGGCGUGGUUUAGUCACUGUGCUGGCGUGACUGUCUUUCUCUUGGUGAUGACAAGGCGACUGCGAUGGCUGCUAGUGGUGCCCGUGGUCGGUGCUUUCCUCUUGUGGGUCAUGUCGCUGGCAAUGCCUGCGUCGUGGAUUAUCUUCUCUGCUCACAGUGUGGGAUACGGACUUCUCUUGGCCUCCGUAGUGGUUGCCAUGGGUGUCUUUGGCUGGUUCUUGUGCGCUUGGAGAGAGCUCGUGUCCUUCUUGACGCGCUCUUGCUUCCUGUACCCGCAACUCCAGGCUGGCAUGGAGAGGGAGUACCCGCUGCUUGUACGUAUCGUGUCCGAGUACACAGCAGGCUUCGAUCCUGAGAUUUUAUCAGCUCGCGUACGUACAGAAACUGCUAUCAAAUCAAUUGCUCAGCCCAGCCCUUCAGGCAACGAGAAGCUUAACUCCCGUUCACCUAAUACAAAAGGCAAGGACAAUGCCGUGGUAAGUAUUGACUCUUCAGAUCGGAAGAUGGUCUCCGUCUUGCCGUCGUUCAAGCCUGGGAAGUGUUUUUUCUGCUCAAAGAAUGAGGCCGAGCACUUUGUACCUGCUUGCGGCAUGUGGGGCAAAUGGACCCACUGGCGAAUGAGUCAGCAAAAAAACUUGAACAACGCGUCGAUUGCUUCUGCUACUGGAGCGGCAGUCACCAAAAGUUCCGUUGCUGCCUCCAUGUGCACGUCCUACUACGAUCUUCAGAACGACAAGUCGCAGCUUGAAGCUCGUGUAGAAGCUGAGGAGCAGAAGAAUGCCGCUCUCGCCAAGAAACUCGCAGCAUGCGAAGAACGCGAACAGAAAAUGUCGCUGGAGAACGUUCGACUCAAAGCGGAACUGCACGCUAUGGAGGAGAAACACGCGGCUGAAUUACGACGAUGCGAGGCGCAUCUCCAAGAGAAAAUGGGGGCAGUUCAGGAAGAAGCCAAUCGCGUGGCUCACGAACGCAAAGUGCAGACCAAAAGGGCCGAAGUGGCGCACUCUGCUGCUCUGCAGAAACGACUCGAAGCCAGCGAGCGUCUCAUUGAGGAAUCGAGUGCACUGGCCCAGGAUGCAGAGGAAGAGACGACGAAACUCCGCAAAUGUCUGCAGCAGAGUGAAAAGGAUGUUGUCGAGUGGAAAACGAAAGCCGAGGAACUGACACAGCGAGUUUCGAGCCUGGAGCUUCGUCUGCAACAGCAGAGUAGCUCACAGAGCAGAGCAUCGCCGUCAUUCGGCCCCUCAGUGCUGGAUUUCUCGUUCGCUUCGACGACAAGUGGGGGAUCGUCCCUUGAUGUCUCGCCCGUGGCUGCACUUCAAACGUUGCAACCAUCUGGACGGCUACCGUACGCGCAGUCUCUGGAGAUCGAAGGCUUGCGUGAGUCCAGCAGACAUCCCAGAGACGACGUCGACUACUCGAAGCGCUGGCGACUUCUACAAACUUCCGAUCUGCGCAGAAGCGACGCGACCUCGUGA